UUUUCCAUUUGUCCCCUUUCUGUUUUCCUUAAGAAGAAUGGGAAAAGACUCAAAGCCAAAGGAGUCAGGAAAGGAAAAGGGGAAACAAGAAGCAAGUGGAAGUGAUGAGAAUGCUUCUAAGGGCAAAGGAAAAGGCGCCAAAAGUGCAGAUGGCCUUGGUACCUGCACUUAUGUCAAAGCAAGGCAGAUCUUGUGUGAGAAGCAAGGUAAGAUCAAUGAGGCAUACAAGAAGCUGCAGGAUGGUUGGCUUGAAAAUGGAGAUAAGGUCCCACCAGCAGAGUUUUCAAAGUUCAUUGUGGGACAAAGAAUCUUAUUUUGGCUUGAGUAUCAUAAGCAUGAAUAUUUUCAUUCAGAAUUGCUCCAAGGAUUGGUGCAGAAUUCUUGGAAGGAAGAAAUAGAAAUCUAUUCAUUUAGAAUAAACUACCCCAUAUAUUGUUGA